AACACCACUAUGAGCACUACAACGUCUCCCUGGGACAGGUCACACCGAACUGCGCAUAGCUCCGAGUCUACAUCAUACAGUAUACACAGCAUACUAGAAAUGGGCAAGGCUAGUGAAAACAUCAGAGAGGACCAUGUUAAAGUUGCCAAGACUAGACACAGAAUUCAUAAACACGAAUCGAGGCCUUCUUCGUGUGCCGUCCCUGAAAGUUCAUCGGACGCAACUGUCUCCAGUACACCCGAGAAGAGGAAGAAGACAAGGACAAAAUUUAGUGCUUACCAGCUGGAACAGAUGGAGAGAGCUUUCGAGAAGGCACCAUACCCGGAUACUAUGGCGAGACAAGAAUUAGCAUUGCGAAUUGAUUUGACAGAGUCGAGGGUGCAGGUAUGGUUUCAAAAUCGGCGUGCGAAAUGGAGGAAAAUCAAGACAUCUAGCAAAUCACCGACGCAUUUGAAUA